UAUUUUUUUUAUUUUUAUAGUACUAUUGGCUAUGUAAAACAGUCAUGCCACAAUGUAGGCUACUUUGAAAUGGAAAUAAAAAAUGUAACACGGUAUUGCUGAACUUGAGCUCUGAGUAUUAAGUAUUAAAUGAUGAUGCGCCAUUAAUGGGAAGCGUGCUCCCGAGGAUUGGGUUGCACAGGAGAGGAUGUGCCGAGCGCAGCUGAGAGAACAGCACAUCAACUCUACAAUCAAAUAAAGGAAAAACUAAAGAAGGAAAAUCUGAAGAUGCACAGAUGACAUCGAUUGGAGAUCAAGAAGGUUGAAACAAAAGCAUAACAUUGUGAAGGCAAUCAACAGUAUGUAUUCACUGCACAACAGUAUAGAAGUUCCCGGCAGCUACAGCUUGCUUUGACAGAAGAUGGGAGAAGCCAACAGCAGCACCUCAACUUGGCCAUGGACUCUUGGGGAAAUCCUCCCAUCAGAGACCCCCCACAGUAUCAUGCCGAAUUACGACAUCCCGCUGGAUUACGAGGUUCCUGUAGAUGAGAUUCCUGACACGACUCAGGGACGAGCGUUCUUCGUGGCAACAAUUGUCAUCGCGGUGGUGCUGAUCUGUAUCAUGCUGGUUUGUGGCAUUGGGAACUGUCUCUUUAUAGCCUCUUUGGCACGUUACAAAAAACUAAGGAAUCUCACCAAUUUACUCAUCGCAAACUUGGCAAUAUCAGACUUCCUGGUGGCAACCGUGUGCUGCCCCUUUCUGGUGGAUUAUUAUGUGGUGAAACGGCUAUCAUGGGAUCAUGGAAUUGUGCUUUGUGUCUCCAUUAACUACAUUAGGACUGUAUCUCUCUAUGUGUCCACCAAUGCCCUGCUAGCCAUUGCUGUUGACAGGUACAUGGCUAUCGUUCAUCCCAUGAAGCCCAGAAUGAAGUUUCAGACAGCGUAUUGGCUUAUUUUUGCCGUUUGGAUAAUCCCGAUCCUCAUCUCCGUGCCUUCAGCCUACUUCGCAACAGAACAGGAGUACCCGCACAGCACGCUCACCCACGACAAGAAGAUCUUCUGCGCCCAGAUCUGGUCUGCGGACCAGCAACUCAUGUAUCGAUCCUACUUCCUGUUCAUAUUCAUAGUGGAGUUCUUGGGGCCCGUAGUCACCAUGUCUAUCUGUUAUGCCCGCAUCUCAAGGGAGCUGUGGUUCAAGAAUGUCCCCGGAUUUCCGACUGAACAGCUGCGAAGACGACUUCGCCAACGUCGCAGGACAGUCAUUGCCCUGAUCGCUGUUCUGGUGGCGUACAUCUUGUGCUGGGCGCCAUAUUACAGCUUCACAUUGCUGCGCGAUUUCUAUCCCGCACUGAUCACGCGUGGACGUAACUCGCUAGUGGUUUUUUACAUCAUCGAGUGUAUUGCGAUGAGUAAUGGGGUCAUCAACACUCUGUGUUUUGUCAGUGUUAAGAACAAUGCAGCAAAGUGCUUUAAGGUCGUAAGACUGGCUAACUGCUGCUCGCUAACAAGGGCGAUUGUUGGCAAGAUGGCGGAAGAUGAAAUAAGGACUUCAUCAUUGCGAGUGACAGAGGAUGUGGAAUGUACGCAAAUUAAGUGAAAGGAUGGAAAGA